GAUAACGCCAGUGGUGGGGGAACAUGCUGCCUUCGCAAGAUGCUUCCAAGAUUUACCAUGACAACUACAUGCGGAACUCGCGGGCCAUUGGGGUUCUGUGGGCUAUAUUCACCAUAUGUUUGGCCAUUAUUAACGUAGUGGUGUUUAUUCUGCCCUACUGGAUUGGGGACAGCGUGAACACCCCACACGCAGGCUAUUUCGGCUUGUUCCACUACUGCGUGGGCACUGGAAACUCCAACCGGGAGCUCACUUGCCAAGGAACCUUCGCCGAAUUCAGCGGCAUCCCCUCGAGCGCGUUCAAAGCUGCCUCCUUCUUCGUGUUGCUGUCCAUGGUGCUAAUCUUGGGUUGUAUUGCUUGCUUCACCCUUUUCUUAUUCUGCAACACUGCCACUGUCUACAAGACGUGCGCCUGGAUGCAGCUGCUAUGCGCCGUGUGUUUGCUCCUGGGCUGUAUGAUCUUCCCGGAUGGCUGGGAUGCGGAGGUGGUACGCGACAUGUGUGGCGAGGAGACAGGGAAGUACACGCUGGGAAACUGCUCGGUGCGCUGGGCCUACAUGCUGGCUGUCGUUGGCAUCAUGGACGCCCUCAUCCUCUCCUUCCUGGCCUUCGUUUUGGGCAACCGGCAGAAUGACUUCCAGCUGGAGGAGCAGCUCAAAGCAGAACAGAAAGAUUUCGCAGUGUCCAGGCAUCUCCACCUUGGCUCCACCCUCAAGAUGGACAGAAUUGAAAUCCGGGAGACCAAGGAUCCACGAUAUGGUGUCCAACUGUUCCACUGAGCAUCCCCCCCAACCUUCCCCUCCUCUCCUUCCCCUCCUCUGCUCGUCCACCUCAGCUCUUCAGGUCCAACCAUCGGUCUUGAAGUGGAGGCUCCAUCCAGCUGUUUGUAAAAAUAGAAAUGAAAUGGAAGAGAAAAUAUGUCUGUUUGAAGAGAACUACGAUAAAAAGGAAUAAUAUUAUCAGCUUUAUAAAACUCUGGGAAAAUA